UUAAAGACAUGACGUCAACAUGCUCGGUCAAUAAAAUAGCACUCAUGCUGUCAUGCUAUAAAUUAUAAAUUCAUUUAUGAGAUAAUCGCAAAGAGACACCUAUACAUAUAAGUGAACAUAUAUAAGGAUAAUAAGAAUAUUACUGGAUAGCAUUGGAGCAUAGACGCCAAGAAAAAAAAAGACAUCCAAGAAGAGUAACUCAGUGUGUCAGGACAUAAAAUAGAUGGCCCUGAGGCCCUUGUAUGUUGUCCUGUUUGUAGUGCUUCUAGGACAGACAUGCAGAGUACAAGGACAAACUGUGACCUGCCAGUUCAGCGAUUCCAUUUUGUCUAUGGGCACGUGUUUCCGGUUUUUCUCCACGCCUGUCACGUGGGCCCAAGCUAAACUCAACUGUUCUUCUUUUAACGGAGCCCUGGCAAUGAUAAACUCUUCACAAGCAACCAGCGCCUUGAAAAACGCGAUCUCUGGGGAUAGCGUUUGGUUUGGAGCUAACGAUAUCGACGUGGAGGGCACUUGGAUCUGGGACCACAACAAACAGUCUGCCAACCCAUUGCCAGUAGGGAGCUUGUGGGCCUCAGGAGAACCCAGCGGAACUUCUACCGCUUGGGACUGUGGCAUUCUCUACGUCGGCGCCAGCCCGCCCUAUGGGGCUUACUCGGAGACUUGUUCGCUGCUCUAUCCGUAUCUCUGCAUGGAAAUGCCUGCAUCAACAACCACUACCACUGUCACUACCACUACACCGACAACCACUACUACACCGACAACCACCACAACAAAGACAACCACAACAACGUCAACCACAACUACAACCCCGACUACCACUACAACAUCAACAACCACAACUACAACGCCGACUACAACUACAACUAAAUCAACCACAACAACGCCGACUACAACAACAACCCCAACAACCACGACAACACCAACAACCACUACUACGCCAACAACCACUACGACAUCGACAACCACUACUACGCCAACAACCACGUCUACCCCAACGACCACUACAACACCAACAACCACCACUACACCAACAACCACUACAACUAAAACAACCACAACAACGGCCACUACAACAACCCCAACAACAACUACAACAUUAACAACAACACCGACAACCACUACAAAACCUACAACCACUACUACAUCAACAACCACUACAACACCGACAACUUCUACCUCGACAACAACAUCAACACCGAUUACCACAACAUCUUUGUUAACCACAACAACACCACUAGCUACCUUUACUUCACCUACAACUACUAACACGCCAGAAACAACAACAGCAUCCCCAUCGACUAGUACCUCAACAGAAAUAUACAGCACCAUUGAAACCCAACCGACAGAAGAACCUCAGUCAUCAGAAACUACGCCUACAGUAGCUGAAACAACUCCCGAAGUGAGUGAAACAACUCCAGAUGUGACGGAAACAACCGAAGAACUUCGUAAAAGUGACAUGCCAGUUGAUGCCAACUCAAAUCUCAUCGCCACCUUGAUGCCGGCAUCUCCAGUACCUAGAAGAAUAAUUUACACAGGCGGUGUAGCAGAUGUGAAAGCUCCCUAUCUUGUCAUCUCUUUUCCAGCCUUGAUCAUUUUAGUUCUCCCUCGGCUCAGAGAACUAUUCUGUUAGUUCUACCUCUAUCUCUGCUCCAUCAAUCAGACUCAGUGAACCAAGUGGAGGCCAAUGCUGGUCACUCUGAGGCUUGUCUGUACAUAGGACUGACUGCAGUUGACUCUCAGUGCUAGGUCUUGUAACGCGGACGUGUUCAACUUAUCUGCGCUGAUUUUCAACUGAAACUCUGUUUGUGGACCACAGUAAAUACACAAUUUGCUGACUCCUUCAUGUGUAUAAUAUUCAUAACAAGAUCAAUAUUGGAGAAUUUCAUCAUAAACUAAGCACUGUCAAGGACGCUAAAAUGAAUCUCAAUGUUACCAACUAAAAACAAUAUUGAGCUAUAAUUCUAAUUGUAAUUUUAAUAUUGAAUGCACUAACCUAGAAUUUAAGAUGCAUAUUAUAUCCGGGUGUUGCCAUUUUGUUUUGUCAAUAAGUUGUUAGUUGCACUACUUUCACAGAGUUAAAGUCUAAUCCGUCAUUCAUAUUGAAAUGAUUGUGUGCCAUUAACUGGAGACAAUUAAAAAAUGUCGUAAUGCUAAAAAAUGCACAAAAAUAAAUCUCUCUCUGUGGGGCAUUUUACGUCUCGAGAGACGAUCUUUCCCUUUGCAACUUCUUAUGUGACUAAACAUGAUACAUAGAUGCGGUCACGGGUUGGGCAUAUGUAAUCACCAGGCGCGUUGCAUUUUCACCCUUCUUUCUACUACUGUUGUGUAUGGCAUUUGCACUCCGAGACCCUUCCUUUAUGCUCGCUCUCCAUGUGGAUCUAUCCAGAGCCAUUUUUUCCCAAAAAGAAAAAUAAAUACCUCCAUUAUACAAUAUAAAAUGAAAUAAAAUAAGAAAUAAUAGAUAAAAAGUCAAGCAGGGAAUCGAACCCGUACGGCAUCGUUAGCUCGUUAUGUCUUGUAUAAUUUGUUUUUAUUAACGUGAGAAAAUAUACUAUUAAAUGUAUUACUGUGUUAAGUUAGUAUAUAAUUUAUACGGUUUACUUUGCACACAGUCAUUAUUUUUUUUUAAGCUUUGACAUGCGUUAGAUUUAAUAACCAUAGUAUGCAUCAUAUUUUAUAAGUUUAAUUCUUUCUCAAGAAGUUUUAUCUAGCUGCAUAGAUCAUGCAUCGUGUUA